AUGGCGGAUCCGGCGGCUGCGGUACUUAUGCUACCCGCUCAACGGGACUUCGAUGUAGGCGGUGGGAUUUACUGGGCCAACGGCGGCGACGCAGAACUCUGGCCGAAAGUUCGCGACGCAGAGUACCACUCUAGUUGGUCUUUGCGAAACCAGCUCGAACAGCACCAAUGCUCGGCUGCUGGAUUCUCGACUCUUCACAGCCAUUAUCUCGCCAAUGCCACUCGCCCCAGGACACAUGUCGACUAUCAAAUAACGACCGGGCUUGUCAGCAAAACCGGUGUUCACGAUCUCGUGCAAUUUCUGCACCUGAGGUCUCUUGACUACCUAGAUCGCCGCCAGGCACAUAGUCCUCUCGGUCUCACGAAUCUGAAAUUCUCUUCGAAGCAGAGAUACACUCUCGAGACCCAGGGAGUCCCUGGCAACCUCACUUUUUCGUUCUUAGAUCUACCAGUCUCCGAUCGCGCCAGAAGGCCUGAGAAUGAGAGCGGUCUAUGGAAACAUCCAGGCAUGGACGAUGGAUACCAUUAUCUCGACGUCUUCCAAGACAUACGGGAAUAUCUAUCCAAGAGGGGCAUGAUGGAAGCCAACGCUAACAUGGUAAACGAAACCAGCAUCUUUGAUCUACACAGACGCAUCGCUGCUGUUCCCAUUGAUAUAUGGAAUGGUGAAGCAGCGAGCUCUCUCGGACUGGUCGUAUUUGUAAAAGCAGAGGGCGUGAGCUUUUUAGCUAGGCCCACCAACCUUUUUACCUGCUCCAUUGACGCACGCUGGGUAAAGGCCAAAACAUUUAUCGAGAUGUCGCCGUCGAGUGGCGUGAUCGAGCACGACUUCAAUAACGGGAGAGCCUACAGCAACAUUGAAAUUGAGCUGGGUACAAGAUUGAAAAGGCCUCUGUGGCGUGUACCAUUAAAAGCCCCUUCGGGCACCUCAACCCGGGAAGGCAUCAUUCGCCUGAAGCCUAGCUGGUACGAGUUGCUCCAUCCACCAGUCUACGAUACCCCCAACGGACUCGGUGGAAGCCCUAUCGAGAUGCGGCAGUAUUCCUGA